ACCUCUGAACGUAUUCCUGUGAAUCUGACCAGACAGAAACAUUCUGCUUCCCCGGCGUAUGUGGCCGUGACGUAUUUUGCUUGCGCGGGUUGUGGGUGCUCCACGUCUGUGUGAGCGAUCCGAGCAGGAAGUGAAGAGCAUGAUGAUGAGCACACGUAGCUGGAUAUAGAGGUUUUAAGUUAAAGGGAAGGAUGGGCAGGCAAAGGCAUGGCAAGAGAGUGAUCUCCAAUAGCAGUAAAGAUGGAAGCGAUUCCGUUCCUCAUGGCAAGGAGGAUAAGAAAAAAGACAUUGCGAACUCCAUCCUUCACCGCAAAGAGAAGAAGAAGAAGCUGGACAUUGCAAAGCUCUUCAUCAACAUUUCCAUCGGCCUCUGCAUAUUUAGUUUAAUCUGGUUCUUCUAUGCCAUUUACAUGCGCUCCUAUAUGGCCAGAAGGAUCAUUACCCCUCAUUCCUCCCCGAAAAUCUUGGAUCCUAACAGCACCAGUCCGGCUGUGUCUCCUCAUCUCUUCUGGGGCUCCUACAGACCUCAAGUGUAUUUCGGGAUGAAAACGCGGAGUCCCAAAUCGGUUGUGACAGGUUUGAUGUGGAUGCGUCAGUUUGGAGGGAUGGAUGUGAACCUGCGACACACCUGCGAACAAGGAGACCAGCUGCAAAGCUACGGCUGGCUGAUGCACGACGGGAUGGACUUCGGGAUCCAGGAGGUCAGGGACACUGAUUUCACUUUAACCACAGAGUUUGUGAAGAGACAAGGAGGGGAGCAUGGAGGAGACUGGACCUGGAGGAUCACAGCCAAACAGCAGAGCCCCGCAUCCCAGGCCCCAGUGAUCUCGCUGAUGUUCUACGUGGCUACAGACAGCCAGGGGUCCCUGCAGGCACACAUCGAAGAGAGGAACCGCCUGGGUUCAGUGACAGGAUCCUCCGAGGAACUGGGCCAGUUCAAACUCACCUUCCGCAAACCUUCAGCUGGGGAGAGCUCGACUGCAAAGUAUGCCAGCUAUAACCACCUUAAGACUGUCAGUCCAGGCUUGGAGAAAUUAACAGAUAUAGUCAAAAACAGCCUGAGUGGCAGGUUCAUGUACAACCCCCCCUCUGGUGAAAAGCGGCACUACAUUGCAGUGGACACAUACAAGCCCCCACCUCCGCAGCAGCAGCAGCAGCAGCGUGGGGAGAGCAGGAAGGAGAGUGACUUUGUGGUUCACCAGGUGACUGUGCAGGCCCCCUUCCAAAUCGAGGUGCUCUUCGAGUCUGCCAGCUUCAGGGACAGGCCCAAUCAGCUGGCCGCAGAGGUCUUAACGGAGGAGCUGGAGAAACGGAAAUCAGCUUUUGACGCAAAGUUUGAAGAAACCUUCGGCCUCCACAGGAAAGGGUACACGCCGGCUCAGAUUAAGUUCAGCAAAGCCGCGCUGAGCAACAUGCUGGGUGGGAUGGGCUACUUCUACGGGCAGUCUGCUGUUCAGUCCAAAUACAACGAGUAUCCACUGGCUUACCCCGAGGGCCCCUUAUUUACUGCCGUCCCGUCCCGUUCCUUCUUCCCCCGGGGCUUCCUCUGGGAUGAGGGCUUCCAUCAGCUCCUCAUCAACAAGUGGGAUCCUCAGAUCACCAGGGAGUCCCUCGCCCACUGGCUGGACAUGAUAAACGUGGAAGGCUGGAUCCCCAGGGAGCAGAUUCUGGACGACGAAGCUCGCAGUAAAGUUCCCGGGGAGUUCAUCGUUCAGAGAAACGAGAACGCUAACCCGCCCACCCUCUUCCUGGCCUUGCAGAAGCUCGUUGUCAGUUUUGUGGCAAAAGGAGGAGAAGAGGCAGAUAAGGACACCAAAGCCUACUUAAAGAGACUCUUCCCCAGGCUCCAGACUUGGUUUGAGUGGUAUAACACCACCCAGGUGGGACCCGUCCCCAACUCCUACCGAUGGAGAGGGCGGGACAAGGACACCAACCUGUUCCUCAACCCUAAGACCCUCACGUCAGGUCUGGACGACUACCCCAGGGCCUCACACCCUUCCCAGGACGAGAGGCACGUGGACCUUCACUGUUGGAUGGCCCUGGCUUCUGGAAUCAUGGCAGAUGUCGCCAAGCUGCUGGGGGAGCCCCAUCAGGACUAUGAAAAGACACACCAGAUUCUGAGUGACAACUCUGUGCUGGAGGAGCUCCACUGGUCCGAGCAGCUCAAGACCUUCGCAGACUACGGGAACCACACUCAGUUGGUGGCCCUCCAGCGGGAGAAGGUCUAUGUCCCUCCCGGCCAGCCAAGGCACCAGUUUCCGACUGCCAGGCUAGUGCGCUCUGUCCGCAAAGCCCCCAAGCUGCAGUAUGUCAACUCAUUGGGCUACGUCAGCCUCUUUCCUUUUCUGCUGCAGAUCCUGCAGCCAGAUUCUCCCAAGCUGGAGCACAUACUCAAGGACAUGCGGGAUGACCAGAAGCUCUGGACCCGGUAUGGACUGCGCUCCCUUUCAAAGUCCGACCCGCUGUUCAUGAAGCGGAACACGGAGCACGAUGCCCCUUAUUGGCGUGGGCCGAUAUGGAUCAACAUUAACUACCUAGCUGUCAGGGCACUGCAUUACUAUGCCAAUACUGAGGGGCCGUAUAAAGAAAAGUCGGCAUCGCUGUAUCAAGAGCUGAGGACUAAUAUCAUCGAGAACGUUUACAGUCAAUACAUGGAGACCGGUUAUAUCUGGGAACAGUACAAUGACAGUACAGGGAAGGGGCAGGGAAGCCAUCCUUUUACCGGCUGGUCUGCUUUGUGUGUGUUAAUGAUGGCAGAGCAGUAUUGAAACAGGCUUUACUGGGAUGUUUUUUUUUUUUCUUUUUUUUUUUUUUUUUUUUAAAUCAACAUUUUCUAUCCAAGAUCCUGUGUCACAAUAUUUCUCUCAAAUGUUUGUCUUCAGUUUCUUCCAUUAUAAUCAUCUGGAAUAUCUCAAUACAGUUUUUUCUUUUUUUUUCAAAAAUGAUUAUUUUUCUUAAGCUCUUUUGUAAAGAAUCUUUAAGAGCUCUUUUUAUCAUGAUGAUUAUCCUAUUGAGCUAAUAAUCACAGUAACAAAACUUAAGGGCUUUUCACAUGACACCACCAAAACCCGGGUUGAGUCGACACGGGGUGGCCCGGGGUGACUCCCCCUGAGUUCAGCCCUGCAUCCAUUCACAUUUGCCGUUCUCUACAAUUCUCGGGUGGAUGUGACCGUUUCACACUGUAUAUUUUCAACCCGUUUCAAACACAGUGGCAGAAGUAAAUAUCUACAUGGCUCCCGACAUGGCUUUAAUUUCUUUUGAUUAUUUUGCGAAGGAGGGCUUGUGUACAACAAGCUUGGAGGAGGCGCUGGCAACGUGUGCUCCAUGCAAGACGUAACCUUUUCAGGUUACUACGACAACAAUCACAAUCCCGGAUGCUACUUCUAAGUUUAUUUUUGUUCCAUUUGCCCAAAGACUGAGCAACUCCCAGACCAUAUCAUCGCUCCAUAACACUCUUGCCAUUUUUUUUAUUUUUUUUUAUUUACAACUGCGCGCGGGUCUGUGAACCUUGCCCCUUGACGUUUGUUUUUGGCUACUGUUAUGCGCGUUUUCAACCCGAGGCGAGCGUAACCCUGUUGCAUUCACGUUGAAUUUUUCAACCUGAGGUGUGCGCUUUGUCCUGGGUUGAAAAUUCUCAACCUUACUUUCUGUCAGGAGUGAGUUCACCCCAGUACAACAGUUUCAUCUCGGGUUGAAACUGGCAACGUGUAAGCGCUUGCUGUUGGCUAGUGUGAAAAGCCCUUUAGUGAACCUGCAUCUUGAAACCUGAAUGCCAUAACAUCUUCUGAAGUUGUUUCGCACUCAUUUUGUAAUGGUGCUUGUGUUUUUUUCCUUUAAUAAAAUGGUGAAAAAUUACAUAAUGGGGUGAAAACUCUUUGACAGAUUGUGGCCUUUAUGUUAUCAUAUAUAUAUAUAUAAAAAAUGAGUCAAUGUCCAUUAAGCUAAAGGGAGAGUGAAUUAUGUGUACGAAGAGGUGCCAGUCUUCUAUGUGGAUAAAGUGUAAGACCAGAGGCUGAGGUUCUUACCCUAGUGAGGGAGUCGAAUAUCUCGAAGUACAUUACAGUACAUUCACCCAGUUCUCUACCUAUAGCUACAGCAUUGUGUGACGAGGGUUUUGGACUUGCCUUUUUAAGGUCCUAGAUUUUAAAUAAAUAUUGAAUGUUCUGCCCUAUGCGUGACAGUCAUUCAGUGACAAGCUUUGCUGUGACUGGAAGCCUUUGUAACGUUAUCUCACAAGAGGCUUGGUGGUCAAGUGGUUAAUGAAAGGGGCUUGUUACCAGGAGGUUCCAGGUUCAAUCCCCAGCUCAGCCACCGACUCGCUGUAUGUGACUCUGAGCAAGUCCCUUAACCUCCUUGUGCUCCGUCCUUCGGAUUAAAUAUAAAACCAAGGUCCUAUUGUAAGUGAUUCUGCAGCAGCAGUUGUUGAUGCAUAGUUCAUCGCCCUAGUCUCUGUAAGUCGCUUUGGAUAAAAGCGUCUGCUAAAUGACUAAAUAAUAAUAACAGGAUUUGCAAUCCCAAUGAAAGCAAAUGACCAAGAGAAUACAUUUUAUGUGCACAUGCUGCAAGUUAAUUGUAAUUCGUUUUAUAGAAAGGAAAGAGGCUGAUGUAUAUAGUUACUUUACACUGAAGAAAAAUGAACAUAUCCCAUUUAGAUUUUUGAAAAUCCUACCACAACGUUAUUUUUAACUCUGAACAUGCCAGGCAGUAUUUGUUGUGUGUGUGUGUGUGCGUGUGCAUGUUUUUUGUUUUUUUUUAAAUUUAGUCGUUGCCAAUUAUUUUUAUUAUUUUUCUCCCAAUUUGGAAUGGCCAAUUAUUUUAUUAUGCUCAGCUCACCGCUACCACCUCUGCGCUGACUCAGGAGGGCGAAGACGAACACACACUGUCCUCCGAAGCGUGUGCCGUCAGCCGACCGCUUUUUUUCACACUGCGGACUCACCAUGCAGCCACCCAAGAGCUACAGCGUUGGAGGACAACGCAGCUCUCGGGCAGCUUACAGGUAAGCCCGCAGGCGCCCGGCCAGACUACAGGAGUCGCUGGUGCGCGGUGAGCCGAGAACACCCUGGCCGACCUAACCCUCCCCCCCAAGGCGAUGCUCGGCCAAUUGAGCGCCGCCCCCUGGGAGCUCCCGUCCUCGGUCGGCAAAGGAAUAGCCUGGACUCGAACUCGUGACGUCCGGACUAUAGGGCGCAUCCUGCACUUUUACUGGAUGUGCCACUCGGGAUCCCGUGUGUGCAUGUUUUUUAAUGUUAGCAUUAAAAUGUGACUAUGAUGACCAGACACGACCCAAAACGUUUACUGUAAUUUGUAUUUUAAUUACCUUGUGGUUAAAGGUUUGUUUUUGCAUAUACGGGUAUUACUGGCCUGUUAUAUUGUCUGAUUUAAUUUUAGUCAGUGAAAUAAGUCCUAUCUGGUCACAUUUCUCCAAUGAUUUUAGACCGCUCUCAGCACCAGAUACUGUUUUGUUUGCUGAGGGCUCUGUACUGUUCUGAAACUGCAGGCACAUCUGGAUCAUUGAUAGUAUUUGUGGUACCAAUAGCAACCCAGGAACUCAGUAAAAUGUACCCAGCACAAUGUGCAUAUUUGUAUAGAUUCAAUUGAGAUGCAUAAUCACUAAUUAAGUUGUCAUACAGUUUAAAAUUAUUGAAGCGUAUCAUCUCUACAUUGCUUAUCUCCAAUAUUGUUCUCUGUUUACAUGUUUCCUUUUCCAUGGCCUAAGAGAAAUGACUGGAUGGAUUUAAUGGCAGUUCUGAGUUGCAGGCCAUGUGCAGAUGGUAGUGUUCUGGCUUGAUUGGUGUCACAAAGACAGACAUGGAUCUUUGUUUUACUGUGUUGGCUUUAUUGGGCAUGAAGCUCGAAUUGCCACUGAGAGCAAGCAAAGUGUGUGGGGAUGUUGCAAAUCCAGUGGCCCACCCAUGUUAAUAAUCUGUCCAUCGAAAUACUGCUCCAGGACAGAGGUUCUCAAACCUUUUUUUAUUGCCGGACCUCGAUUUGCUAAAAGAGCCAAGGCAGGCCGAGGUGCUAUAGCUGUUACCAGGGAGUGACAUCACCAGUAGUCAUUCAACCAGCCCCGCUACACAUGCACUGUCUAGGAAUACCACGCUGUGUAAACAGAAAGAGUAGAUUUGCCUGUUUUACUCGGUAGGCAAGCAGAUGUGUGGUGGGAAUUUUCUUUCCACCCGUAAUAUUUUGCGGACCCCCUGGGCAAUCUCUUCAGAACUCAGUUUGAGAACCACUGCUGUAGGAUAUGUUUAACAGUAAAAACAUUUGAGCUCAGGUAUUUACAUUUUUUUGUAUAUGUGUGUUGUAUUUCGAUUGUUUUAAUUCAAUGUGGAUUAGUGCCGGUAAAGACAUGUGAGACUGAAAAGCUCUGUUCUCCGAGCAGCUAUGGUACUGUCAGUGUGAUUGAAAAACAACCCGUAAUGAGCAGGGCUUGACUUUGUUUUGUAAAAUCUGUAAUUCAAAAAAUUGAAAAUAAAAGAUGUUGAACGAG